AUGUCGUUUCAGGUACACGCACAGAUCCAGUCAUUCCUUGACGAGCCACAUGCCUCUAACUCACUACUCGGCUCCGUGCAACGACAGACAACAUUUUCCCUUGAUGUUGUGUCCGCAGUUCUCCAUAAGUACAAAAUUUCGGAGCUUGCAAUUUCUUACAACGGGGGUAAGGACUGCCUUGUACUUUUGGUGCUGUUUCUCGGCGACCUUGGUCGCCGCCAAAGUCAACAACGGAACGAAAGGGUAAUUAUGAGUCUUGGGACGAAUGAAAUGCCGGCAGCAGUAUUCGGCACAGAAAUGAUGAGCAUUCCAGCUAUAUAUGUUCGCCCAGCCGAUCCAUUUCCAGCUGUUGAAGAUUUUGUUAUGAGGUCUGCUAAGACUUACGGCCUUUCUCUCACGAAAUUCAAUAUUGGUUCUUCAAACAUGACACUGCGGGAUGUUUUCGAAGAUUACUUAGCGGACCAAUCCGAUAUUCGGGCCAUAUUAGUGGGAACUCGCCGAUCUGAUCCCCAUGACAAAGGAUGGCCUGAUUUCGUUCGUAUUCAUCCUGUGAUCGACUGGAGUUACACCGAGAUCUGGGCACUCAUCCGUCACCUGGGCCUAGAAUAUUGCAGUCUCUAUAAUGAGGGGUAUACAAGCCUAGGAGGGACAUCGGAUACACAACCUAACCCCAAGCUAUUGAAGGAACAAUUUAGCUCGACCAAAGCUAGGAAUAGCAGUGAUAGCAUGGUGGAAUCGGAGCAAUGCCGAUACCACCCUGCUUACGAGCUCGUGGAUGAGAGAAAUGAAAGACAGGGCCGCGAAUGA